CAGGAUUAUAAAUACUGGAAACUACAUUUGAAUGUAGUCCAGUUUUCUAGAGCCGGGUUCUUCCUGUUUGAGAAGCCUUCCACUGGAUUACAAAAGACACCGUUACAUUCCUCAGGAGACGACAUAACCCUACCCUGAAACAGUUCCUGCAACAGGCUAAAUAGGGACAACAUGAAGAGAAUAUUAUUGCAAUGUUUUGUUUUAAUUGCAACAUUAACAGCAGUUUAUCCUAACAAAGACUCAUUAGUGCAGCUGAAGAACAAUGGCUAUGAAGAUAUUGUUAUUGCCAUCAGCCCAAAAAUCCCAGAGGAUCUUCAGAUUAUUGAAAGAAUCAAAAGCAUGGUGACUGCAGCUUCACCCUAUAUGCUACAAGCAACAAAGAACAGAGUUUAUAUUAGAAGUGUGAAAAUUUUAAUUCCAAACUCAUGGGCAUCCAAUAGCACAUAUGGAAGACCAAGAAGAGAGUCUUAUGAUAAGGCUGAUGUUAUCAUUGCUGAUCCUUUUCUGCUCGGAGACGAUCCAUAUACUUUGCAACAUGGUGGCUGCGGAGAGCCAGGAAAAUACAUACACCUAACACCCAACUUCUUAUUGAAUGAUAAUCUGCUCCCAGUAUAUGGACCUUCAGGAAGAGUGUUCGUACACGAAUGGGCUCAUCUUCGCUGGGGAGUUUUUGAUGAAUAUGACCUACAUCAGCCGUUUUAUCUUUCUGGACAGCGUAGAAUUGAAGCAACUAGGUGUCCUUUGAAGCUUCAAGGAGUAAAUAUAAUUGAAGUGUGUAAGGGAACUUCAUGUGAAUAUGAAAAUUGUCUACAUGACCCUGUAACUGGCAGCUUUGAAGAGGGAUGUUUGUUUUUUCCUGAUGUUUCACAGAGUGUCAAAGACUCCAUUAUGUAUGCACAAGCCCUGGACCCUAUUAAUGAAUUCUGUGAUAAGAGUACCCAUAACCCAGAAGCCCCAAACCAGCAAAACAGACUGUGCAACUACCAAAGCACAUGGGAAGUCAUCAUGAAGUCAAGUGAGAUGGCAUCUACCGUACCGUUAGAAGACACCAACAUUCCUGCUCCUACGUUUUCCCUCCUGCAGUAUAAAGACAGGGUGGUCACCUUAGUCCUUGAUGUAUCUGGAAGCAUGAGUGGUUUUGACCGUAUUUCUCGAAUGUACCAAGCAUCUGAGGUGUUCAUAAUGCAGAUUGUUGAAUCUGGAUCCUAUGUUGGAAUUGUAAUUUUUUCAACCGGUGCAACUGUCAAAUCAGAACUAGUAAGAGUUACUGAUACACUUCAGCGUCAAAAAUUGAAAGAACUUCUUCCCAAGGUAGCAACUGGGGGUACAAAUAUAUGUUCUGGAGUCCGUGCUGGGUUUCAGGUAAAUCAGAAACUUUAUACAAGCACACAGGGUACUGAACUGGUGCUUCUGACUGAUGGAGAAGAUACUAGUAUCAGUUCCUGUUUUCUUGAAGUGGAAUCAAGUGGGGCCAUAAUUCACACUGUGGCUCUGGGACCGAGUGCGGACAAAGCCCUUGAACAACUAGCAGAUAAAACUGGUGGAUUAAAAUUUUCUGCUUCAGAUAAUAUAGACGCAAAUGGUUUAAUUGACGCAUUCAGUGGAAUAACAUCCAAUAGUGGAAAUAUAACACAACAAUCAGUUCAGCUUGAAAGUACAGCAACAAUUAUCAAAGCAGCGGAAUGUUUGAGUGGGACUGUGACGAUCGACAACACAGUGGGAAAUGACACUUUCUUUUUAGUUACUUGGCAGAGUGUCAUUCCUAGUAUUACCCUACAGGACCCAAUAGGAAAAGUGUAUCAGACAGGAGAGUUCAGCGUUGACGCAGUAUCCAAAUCCGCUCGUCUUACAGUUCCAGGCACAGCUGAGAGAGGGCCUUGGGUAUACAGUUUGUGUAACACCAACUCAGGAAAUCAAGUUCUGGGGGUAACGGUGAACUCGCGUGCAGCAGAUGCAACUGUGCCGCCAAUAGUUGUGGAAACGCAAAUGAAUGCUGACACAAAUUCCUACCCUAAUCCAAUGACUGUGUAUGCAUUUGUAAGGCAAGGGCUUUCCCCUGUUUUAGGGGCAAAAGUGACCGCUAUCAUAGAACCACAAGUCGGAAAUGUACAGAUGUUGGAGCUUUUGGACAAUGGAGCAGGUGCGGAUAUUAGAAAGAAUGACGGCAUCUAUUCCAAAUACUUCUUUUCUUUCACUGGAAAUGGCAGAUAUAACUUAAAAGUGCGCGUUGAAAACAGAGACAAAAACAGCAAAUUAGCUGCUCCAUCAAAUCGCGCCUUGUACAUGCCCGGUUAUGUAAAAAAUGGUACUAUAGUAAAAAACCCACCCAAGCCUCCAGUUAAGACUGAGGAACAUCUCAGUUUAGGAAACUUCACCAGAACAUCUACAGGUGGCGCUUUCACGGUUUCUAACGUUCCGUCAGGGCCUCUGCCAGACAUCUAUAAACCUCAAAAAAUUGUGGAUUUAAAUGCAGAGAUUGAGGGAAAACAAAUUGUGAUAACUUGGACAGCAACUGGUGAUGAUCUGGACCAAGGAAACGCAUCAAGUUAUGAUUUACGGAUGAGCUUCAGCUUCAAACAGCUCAUGGACAACUUUGAAAAUGCCACUUGGAUCAACACUACCAGCCUCAUACCACGACCUUCUGGUGCCAAUGAAACAUUUGUUUUUGUACCAGAAAACAUUGUUAUAGAAAAUGGCACCAUCAUUUAUUUUGCUCUGAAGGCAAUCGAUGAUGCAAAUCAGAGUUCAGAUUUGUCUAAUCUUGCAAGAGCUACCUUGUUUUUGCCACCUCCUCCACCACCCCCGCCAACAACAAAACCACCUCCGCCAAAACCAACUCUCCGUUCAGGAAGUGACUUUUCUGUGAAGCUUAACUCAAUAAUUUUGUUCCUGAUGGCAGGGUCAACAGUACUGAUGACCGGUCUUGUUUUAUAACAUUGCUGGUUAAACUGAGAGAAAGACUAAUUAAAAAAAGGUUAAAAGGUGAACACAAUGUUUUUAGUUAUAGUCAUAGUUAUUUCUUCUUUUAAACAGAGAAAUCUGUCUGGAUGUUCUCUUAUGUAACACAUCUUAUUUCAAGAUGAAUCCUUACACUGACUUAAUUUUUUAGUAUAGGUUCUUGACAAAAGUUGAUGUUCUGCAUUGGGUGCACAAUGGUGCAAAGGUAUAUGAAUCUGUUACUAUGCACCCUACUGGAUUGUAGAGGAGGCUGGAGAUAGCUUAAGCCCCCUAGACCACAUUAUCAUGUACCAAGCUACCUAGCCCUGCCAACUGCACAUCUGCUGCAACUCCACCUCAACCCACCUGACCAUAGAAAAGCAGUGUCCCCUCCCAUGAGGAUCUCUUAGUUCACAGUUUCAUGUAUUUUCCCCCUCUUCCCUUGAAAAUAUAAUUUCUGGAACAGUCACGGAAAAGGACAUUAGUUAGUAACCAGAAAUUUUGGACUGCUAUAUUUUUAUCCUGUUCAAGUACAAUACUUUUACAUCAAAUUAGUUUUUUCUAUUUUUCUAUUUUUUUCUAUUUUUCUUUAUGAUGACCUGUAAAUCAUGUUUGAUUAUUUGCUGUAUCACUGCUGUUGUAUUACUAAAGACUGACUGUGAAAAAAACUGUUAUCCACUGUCAAUGCCCUGCUGUUGAUAGGUAAAUGUUUAUGAUUUUUCAACUAAUCUCUGCUUGCAUGAUUAAGUGAACAAUAUGAUUAAAUAUUUCUUUACUUCCUGUAAUGAUGGUAAUUUGUAUAAAUUAUGAAACAAAGAUGUAAAAAAAUAUAUCCUAUAUUAUAAAAGACAAGAGUUUGUCUGAAGCCGUCAUGCGCAGUUCAGACAAACACUUGCAGCUGAUCGCAUGCGCACCCACCCGACAGCAGCGCGAGGACCGGGCAGCACAGCUGAUCGCGCGCGCAGGGGAGAACCGGGCAGCACAGCUGAUCGCGCGUGCAGGGGAGAAGGGAGAAGAGAGAGAGAGAGAGAGAGAGAGAGAAUGAAUAUUAAAUAUAACACAACACGGCCCGUGUGAACGGGCUUUAGGACUAGUACUAAAUAAAAGGGAUAAAAUAUGUAUUGAAAAUGCAUUGUUGCAUUAUGGAAGCUGUAGGUGUCUUUUAGAAUGAAAAUGAUUAGCUAUGAGACAGUUCAAAAGCUCUGAUAUUUAAUUUUAUGGGGAAUAACUUACCUUCGAGGGUGACCAGUUAUCAAGUGCUUGAAGCUAUUAUCUUUUGCAUAAUAUUUAAUCUAUAUUAUUCGUUUCUACAUUCCAAUUUUCACUAUUUUACAAAAGGUAACUGAAAAGUUUCAGUUACCUUUUGUAAAAUAGUGAAAAUUGGAAUAUAGAAACGAAUCAAUAUAUUUGCAUCUAUAUUCAGUCCAAGUGGAUUUCCUUGAAUGUAAAUAUGAUGGACUCUUGUAAUAUGAGAUGGCAAAUAUAAUCUCCUGCUGUAUGCUAACCUGGUCUGUUUUAAUAUUCAAGGCGUCACUACAAAAUAUAGAUCAUGUCCAUUCUGUCAAUAUUUUUUUUCUGUAUCAGUCUAAUACACUGGAGACAAAGUUGGCUUUUUUGUUGCAAUAGAUUUUAGAUUUACUUAUGUCUAGUAUUUGUAUGUAACCUCUGUGAUUACCUUGUAUCUAAGCCUCUGCAGACUGCCCCCUUAUCUCAGUUCUUUUGACAGACAAGCAUUUCAGCAAAUCAGUGCUGACUUAUAAACAACUCUAUGGGAGUGAGCAUAAUGCAAUCUAUAAGACACACAUGAACUAGCAGUGUCCAACUGUGAACAAUUGUUAAAAUGCACUGAGAUAAGAGGUGACCACCAAUGGCUUAGAAAUUAGCAUGUCAACCUACCCAGAAUAAGCUUUCAAUACAGAAUGCCAAGAAAACAAAGCAAAUUUGAUGAUACAAGUAAAUUGGAAAGUUGUUUAAAAUUACAUGUCCUAUCUGAAUCAUGAAAGUUUAAUUUUGGCUUGACUGUAUCUUUUAAUUAGCAACCAAAUGUAAUACUUGACUUAAAGGGGCAGUAAACCUACAAAAUAAUGUUUUAUAUUUCCGCACAUAGUACAUUAGCUUAGCGCCAACUUUACAAAGUAAAGGACUGCAGAGAUAUUUUAUUAAGAAGUUCAAUUUGGCUCUACUAAGCAUUUCUGUUUUUUCCUAAAAGGGAUAUAAACCCAAAUAUUUUCUUUUAUGAUUCAAUAAAGCAUGCUAUUUUAAACAACUUUCCAAUUUACUUUAAUUUGUUUUAUUCUUUUUGUAGCUUUUGUUGAAAAGGAUACCUAGGUAAGCUCAGGAGCUGGUGAUUGGUGGCUGCACAUAUAUGCCUCAUGUUAUUGUCUCGCAUAAUUCAUUCAGUUAGCUCCCAAUAGUGCAUUUCUGAUUCUUCAAUAAAGGAUAUCAAAAGAGCAAAGCAAUUUAGAUAAUUUUGUGACAUUCAAAUACUUUAUUCUCAUGCUUUAUUACAAUUUAAAUCGUGUUUAGUGCCCUUUAAUGUAUAUUUUCCAUAACAUACAGUUUUACCAUUUAUUGAUUUAUCAUUCACCAACAUUCAAUUUAUUGUUGAUAAGGACAUUUUGCAAAACAUUGAUGCCAAAUAUAUAUAGGUCAGACACAAAUCUAUUUGUGUAGUAUGAUAAGGAGCUGUAAAACAUAAAGGUUUCUGCAUAUUUUUAUAAGUAUCAAAUUGCUAAACAUUGUAAUGAAGGAAUAAGAAUGUAUAGGAAGAUAAAUGUAUAUAUUGUAUAAUGCUAAGAUUGUUUGUGUUUUUUUUUUUACUUAAGACAAAGCUGUAUUACAAACUGCCAUUGAAAUACUUUAUUUUGAUUUUAAUAAAGAUAUAGAAAAUAUUUGAA